GUACCUAUUACAAAUUCAAUUCUUAAUGAAAAUACAUUUAAUGAAUCGAAAUUAUCAUUAAUACCUAAUUUUAAAGAAUUUUAUGCUAAUAAACAUUUAUGGGAAUCUAUUCAUUCACAAUGGUAUAUACAUAUAUUAAAACGUAUUACUGACGAAGCUAAAUUAAUAUCAAUACCAGAACAAAUAAUCUAUUACGAUAAUUUACAUACGGAAUAUAUGUCAUCUUCGUCUAGUUCACGUGGUUCAUAUUUUACAAAUCAAAGAAGAAGACCACAUUCUUCUGCUUAUAGUUAUGAAGUAAAUGGUUUAGUAGAUGAUUUACCUGGAACUUAUGAAAGUCCUAAUUCAUCAUCAUCAAUUAUUUAUUCAAGACAUUUAUAUAAUCAUAGAUCAUUACAUGAUGUUUAUCCGGAUAGAUUUAUUAAAUCAUUCAAUGAUGAUGAUAAUUAUGGAAUAAAUUUAAAACCAAUUUCAAAAAGUAAUUUGAAAACUUCAUAUGAUCCACGAUCAUAUAGAUCAUAUUCAGAGGCUGGUACAUCACAUCAUUAUCAUCCUCAUCAUCAUCAUUAUCCUCGUGAAAAAGAUAAAACUGGUCUAGCAUCAAUUAUUCAUCAUGAUCGUCGAAAUAAGUCAGGAUUAAUUCAUCAUACUUCAAGUCGUUCAAAACACUUAAAACCAAAUGAUGUUGAAAGUGUUUUACAACAAAGAAUUUUAAAAGAUUCUAAUAGACGUAUAAAAUCAACAGAAUUAGAUAAAUCAAAAGAUUCCGUAUAUUCAACACGAUUUAAUAAAAAUUAUCAAGAUUAUGAAAUAAGUCAUAGAAUAAAAAGAGGGAAUUUAAGAAGUUAUACACCAACUUAUAAAUCGUUUCAUACUCCACAAACAAAAUGGUCAAAUGAUAAUAGUUUUUUAGAAGUUGGUUCAUAUUUUUCUUUACCUUUAAAAGAUUAUGGUAGAAAAGGAAUAAAACAUUCACGACCUACAUUGACUAAUCAACGUUAUGAUCCAUCUAGUAUAGAAUUUUCACUACAACAAAAAGUCCCAUCUGAUGAAUGGAAUAAAUCUGAUCAUUUAACUCGAAGAAUUGGAAAUCUAUCCAAAUCAACUGGUCAUUUAAGUCAUUUAGAUGAUUUAAACAAAUUUUCAGGUUCUACUUCUAUGCAAACUUUAAGAGCUCGAUUAGCUGCUGCACAUUCAGAAUUUAAUUUAGACUAUCAAGAAAAUAUAUCGGACUCAUAUGAGUUACAAAAAUUGGACAGUAACAAAUUUGGUUCACUUGAUCGUCGAACUGAUUCAAAUGAGUUUACAACUCGACAACUAAGACAACAAGUAGAACAACAUCAUCGUCGUUUACUUAAAAGUUUAAUGACUGAUGAACCUUAUGAAUCUAGUUGGCCAUCUAGUUUUUCAAAUUUUGAUCUUCAAGGAUACUUAAACUCAUAUUGUGAUGAAUCAGAAAUGCGACCAACAACUCUUAUUUCAUCUACUUUAGCACCACCAAUAUUUUCUACAGCCUCAACAAGACUUCCGUUAAGUAUUGAACAAGGUAAAAUAGAUGAAACAAUGGUAGAACCUACAAACUAUACAUCUACAACUGACCAACAGUUUCUGUCCGUACCAAAUAUGUUAACUACAUCGAAUUUGAAUUCUACCGCUCCAGUAGUAUUGCCAAAUCAAGUACCUUUAAUAAAUAAUUUAGCUGACAACAUAAUGAAUAAUACAAUCAUAAAUCAGCCUACAUCGGUCAGUUUAAAUGAACAAAUACCAGUUUCAAAUAACACAUUAAUCGAGCUUAUUAAUAAUCCUGAUUUUAUACAAGCUCUUACAUAUAAUCCAGAACUUAUUAACCAAAUAAAUUCAAUGUGCCUAGAUCUCGCGCCAGCUGAUUUGAAUCAAGUAACCUUAGCAGCUGUUGCUGGAGCAAUCGCAGCCACAGCUGUAGCUGGUUCUGGGAUGUUAGAUAAUAAUACUACUUCUGAUAAUAUUAAUAAUGUCAUUACAUGUCACCGACUAAUGAACACAUUAUCAAUAGUCUACUACAAAAUACAAUUGCAUCAGAUCAAAUGAUGAAUAAUUAUCCAAAUACUGGAAAUUUCAUUUUAAAUAACAAUAAUACUGACCUUAUAAAUAACGUUUCAUCUAUAAAUUCUACUUAUUUACCAAAUAGUCAUAUUAUUAAUGAUAUUAACAGUAAUAAUAACAUUCCAAGAAUGAAUACUUUAUUACCUGAUGGGAAUUCUUGUGUAGACACUAUAAAUCCUGAAUCAAUAGAUAUACUGAUUGAACAAGUACGCAAAUUAUUAAAUGAACAAAACAAUGUGAUUUGAUGAAUACGACAACUUCAAUAAACGAUACUGUUAUAAAUAAUAACCCUAUCAAUACUACUAGUAGUAGUAUACCUUUUAAUAAUCAAUUAUUAUCAUCGUUACCAUCAUCAAUUCAUCAAACAAAUCAAUCAAUAAUGAAUGAAGAUAAAAUACAAAAUCCUGUAGAUAUUUAUUAUCAAAAAUCAUUGGGACAUAUACAUAAUCAGUCAGUUGAUGAAGUUAAUAAACAACAAUACAAUAAAAUGCCUAGUGAAACAAUUAAUAACUGGCUUGGAUUAAGUGAUGAUGAAUGGAAUUAUAAAACUUAUAAAGAUAACACGACAAAUCCGAAUUCAUGGAUAGACAACAAUACUACAUGGCCUUCAUUCAAUCCAUUAACUAAUAACAAGUCUAAAUCAAUAAUACAACCUACAAAAUGUACAUAUGAUUUUCCAACUAAACGACUUUUAUUAAUGCGUGAAUCUAAGGAUCGACAUCAAAAAGGGUGCGGAAUUGGUAUGCGCAUAGUUGGUGGACAUAUUCGAUCAGAUGGUAAUUUAGGAGCAUUUGUUGAAGAAAUUUAUCCAUCUGGUCCAGCUGAUCAACUUCAUGGAGAGAUAAAAGAAGGUGAUGAAAUACUUGAAUGGAAUUCAAUUCCUUUAGUCGGCAAGACAUUUGAAGAAGUACAAGCUAUCAUUAGUCAAGUUUCUGAAGAAACAGAGUUACUUGUCAGAGCAGAUUAUACCCAAGGUGAUGAUGAGGAUGAUGAAGGUGAAGAUGAUGGUGAAGAAAUAGAAGAUGAUGAAGAUGAAGAGUAUGAUGAAGAAUAUCUUGAUGAUGACGAUGAUGAUGAAGAUGCAACAUCUUUAAUGAAGACUUGUGGUUCAGGAUCAACUGGGAAUAGUGGACAAACUAAUCGAACACAUGCCUUAUGUCAUCAUCAUGCAGCACAACAUGCAUUAAUGAAUCAAUCAAAAGGUCCACCAAUUUGUCCACAUAUACGUCAGCAUUAUUUAUCUAUGCCAUCAAAUGAUCAUAGAUCAAUGAGUCAAGUUGCACAUAGUUCACAUAAAUUACAUUCAACAAAUGAACAACAAAUACAAGAGGAAGAUAUUGAAGAAAGUAGAUUAACACUAAAUAAUAACACUAUGAAUUGGUUUGAAUCAAAUUCUCCUAAAAAAUCUAUUAAUCAAUUAUCACCAUCAACUGUACAAGAUUCAAAAUAUACUAAACUGUCAAAUACUUCUGAUAGUGAUAAAUUAAAUAAUAGUAGAAGAUCAUCUAAAGGAGGCCGUGUAAAUGGACCACGUGGAAGUCGAUCGUCUAACAAUGAGAAACAUGAUGAUACAUUAGAAUAUGGUGAGAUUGAAUUAAUACUAACAUUUGAUGAUUAUGAUCAAAGUUUAACUGUACAUGUUGCACGUGCACGUAAUCUUCCAGCGAUGGAUUUAAAUGGUUUAGCUGAUCCAUUUGUAAAAGUAAGACUACAUCCAGAUCCAACAGAAGACCCUGAUUUUAAUCGUCAAACAAAAUAUAUGCCUAAUACAUUAACACCUGAAUGGCAACAGACUGUUGUAUUUAUGAAUUGUAUAAAACGUACAUUAAAACGACGUGUACUUGAAGUAACUGUAUGGGAUUUUGAUCGAUUAAAAACAAAUGAUUUUAUGGGACAAACAAUUAUUAACCUUGGUGAUAAAGAAUACCUUGAUGGUAAACCUCAUUGGUUUAGUCUUCAUGGGUUAAUGCCAGUUGUUAUACCAGUUCCUAAAAAGUCAGUAUCUUCAUCGAAAACUUCAUCUGAUAGUUCAAGACAGGCUAAGAGCUCUAAGGACAGUAGUUCUAGAAGAAGUACAGUGAAUAAAUCACCGAAAGAUCAACUUCAGUCUCAAAGAAUAAAUAUAUGACAUUGAAAUACACCCGCGAUAUAUAAAGUGAC